CCACGUGACAUCACACCCACGUGACAUCACACCAGUUUAGAACCACAUAAAAGACGUUGACUGUCAUCUCUCUGGCUGAGGAGAGAGCAGAGGGAUCAGAUCUACGCUCUAGUGCAUGUUUUUUGUCUGACCUGCAUGAUGCGUCCUGUAAUGAUGAUGUCAAGGGGCCUGCUGUUGUUCCUGUGCCUACAAUCAGUUUUAAAUCUUAACCCAGCUGGUCAAGACAUUACAACCACCCCUCCCAUGACAACCUCCACCUCUGUGCAGUUUUGGUGUGGGGAAACCCUUUGCCCAGCAGGACAGGACUGUAUUAGUUUCGGUGGUACACUUCGCUGUGCUGACCCCUGUGAGCAGUACUCAGUUCUGGACGAUUCCUGGCGUUCAACAGACUACAAUGUUUCCGAUAACUGUGAUGCUUGGAUUAGUUGGCAGGGAUGGUAUCGUAUGUUCCUGGAUGGGAACAGUACCCAGAUGUCAGAGACGUGUGUAGAGGUAAACAGGUGUGGAACCCAGGUUCCUCUGUGGCUCAGUUCCCCUCACCCCCUGCUGGGAGACGGGGUGGUGGAACGUGAUGUCUGUGGACACUGGAGUUACGACCCAGAGUACUGGUGGGGGGUGGACGACUGCUGCUACUACAAAUCCAACAGGAUCCACGUGAAAGCCUGUCCUGGCAACUACUACGUCUACAAGUUUGUCCGAUCCAAUGUUUGUUACUCGGCUUAUUGUGCUGCUGCUCCCACGACCACCACAGCUGCUCCCACGACCACUACAGCUGGUCCCACGACAACCACAGCUGCUACCACGACCACCACAGCUGCUCCCAUGACAACCACAGAGGCUCCCACGACAACCACAGAGGCUCCCACGACAACCACAGAGGCUCCCACGACAACCACAGCUGCUCCCACGACAACCACAGAGGCUCCCACGACAACCACAGAGGCUCCCACGACAACCACAGAGGCUCCCACGACAACCACAGAGGCUCCCACGACAACCACAGAGGCUCCCACGACAACCACAGAGGCUCCCACGACAACCACAGCUGCUCCCACGACAACCACAGAGGCUCCCACGACAACCACAGAGGCUCCCACGACAACCACAGAGGCUCCCACGACAACCACAGAGGCUCCCACGACAACCACAGAGGCUCCCACAACAACCACAGCUGCUCCCAUGACCACCACAGAGGCUCCCACGACAAGUACAGAGGCUAACACAACAAUAUAUGCACAGUUUUGGUGUGGGGGCACACCUUGCCCAGCAGGCCAGGACUGUAUCAGUGUCAACGGUUCUCUUCGCUGUGCUGACCCCUGUGAGCAGUACUCAGUUCUGGACGAUGCCUGGCGCUCAACAGGCUACGGACGUUCCGAUAACUGUGAUGCUUGGAGAGGCUGGCAGGGAUGGUAUCGUAUGUUCCUGGAUGGGAACAGCACCCAGAUGUCAGAUACGUGUGUGGACGUAAACAGGUGUGGAACCCAGGUUCCUAUGUGGCUCAGUUCCCCUCACCCCCUGCUGGGAGACGGGGUGGUGGAACGUGAUGUCUGUGGACACCACAGAUACUUCAACCUCUAUAGCUGGCAGGCAGGGUGGGUGGACGACUGCUGCUACUACAGACACAAUAUCCACGUCAAAUCCUGUCCUGGCAGCUACUACGUCUACAAGUUUGCCCCAUCGUAUUACUGUUACUCAGCUUAUUGUGCAGCUGUUCCCACGACAACUCCAGCUGUUCCCACGACAACUCCCGCUGUUCCCACAACACCCUCCAGCUCUGUGAGGUUUUGGUGUGGGGCCACACCUUGCCCAGCAGGCCAGGACUGUCUCAGUGUCAACGGAGCUCUUCGCUGUGUUGACCCCUGUGAGCAGUACUCAGUUCUGGACGAUGCCUGGCGCUCAACGGACAACGGACUUUCCUAUAAGUGUGAUCAUGGGUUUAAUGGGCAGGGAUGGUAUCGUAUGUUCCUGCAGGGCACCAGUGUUCAGAUGCCAGAGACGUGUGUGGACCUAAACAGGUGUGGGACCCAGUUUCCUCAUUGGCUCAGUUCCCCUCACCCCCUGCUGGGAGACGAGGUGGUGGAACGUGAUGUCUGCGGACACGGGAGUUACUGGUGGUGGUACUACUAUUAUGGGAGGGGGGAUGACUGUUGUUUCUUCAGAAACAAUAUCCAUGUCAAAUCCUGUCCUGGCAACUACUACGUCUACAAGUUUACCCCAUUGAAUUACUGUUACUCGGCUUAUUGUGCAGAUCCCAACUCUAAAGUUUGUGCAACCUGUGAAGAGUACGAAGACUGUGUGCGUCAUGAUGGCGUCACUUGGAGUUGUGGAACGACAGUCACCCCAGAGCUGGUGUGUGGGAGGAGCUACCUGGAGGUGGGUCUCCUCAAGUCUCAGCUGGCGGCCAAACAUCUGGACUCCUCCUCUGCUCACCUGGCCAACCCCCGCUGCUCCUCCCAGGAGAUUAACGGGACGGUGUGGGUCCAGAUGGAGCGCUGGGAGGGCAGCUGUGGAACCACUCUGACGACCAACGGCAGCCACGCCAUCUACUCCAACAGUCUGUAUGUCUACCCUGCCAGAAAUGUGACCAUGGUUCGACCCGUGAGGAUCCCUUUCUCCUGCUGCUAUCCUCUGGAGACAGAGGCUAGCCUGGAUGUGGCCAUCAAACCAUACCUGGAUCUUGAAGGUGCGGUGAAAGAUGAGGGUGCCCAGGCCAGGGCCUCCAUGUCUCUGUUCCGUGAUGCCAACUACACAGCUCCUUACCCAGCAGGCCCGGUCACUCUGCCCCUGGGCUCCAUCCUGCAUGUGGGCGUGUCUGUUGAAGAGACGGACGCUGAGGCCUUUGUGGUCGUUCUGGAGGACUGCUACGCCACCCACUCCCCUCAUCCUGAUGACCUCCUGAAAUACUUCCUCAUCCAGCACAAGUGUCCCACCAACCGUCGCCAGGUGACCGUGGAGGAGAGUGGCUUGUCCCUCCAGGCUCGCUUCUCUGCGCUGCUGUUCCUGUUCCAGGGGGACUACAGGGACGUCUACCUGCACUGCAGCCUCAACCUGUGUGACCAGAGGAACUCCUCCUGCUCUCCUAUGUGUUCAGGAAGGUCUGUCCGCUCUGUCGACGAACUCGUACCCCUUAAGCCCGUCAACAUCGGACCAAUCACCUGGGCCCCGAGUCUGGAGUGAGCUGAUGAAGUCACACCUCCCUCAGAAGGGCUUCAUGACCAUUCCUAUGGCAACCAGCCCAAACACUCGUCUUUUGUUGAUGAUUCACUUUACAAAUGAACUACAACCUUUAUAUUGUGAUGGGGCUAGGUUUUCAU